GUGUUUCGUUGAAAGAAUAACUAAUGUGUGACAAUGGAGAUGGGCAAACAUAAAUACACAACUAAUAGGUGCAGGCAAGUAGGCAAGGCAAGUUUAUUUGUAUAGCACAAUUCAACACAAGGUAAUUCAAAGUGCUUUACACAAACAUUAAAAGCAGCAACACAGUAAUAACUUUUAAAAAAAAAAAGAUUAAAAAAAAUUGAAGAUAUGUAAAACUAAAAAAAUUCAAAAAAGAAGAAAUAUAUAAAAAGUAUGCUGUUUGAGGUUAUUGCACAGAAGCUGGACAUAUGUGGCUGAAUUAACUGUUCAUGUUUGAUGGUACAGGGAAAGAAACUCUGUUGAGUGAGGUUGAGUUGUUUCUUUGAUUGUACAGUUCUCUGUAGUGCCCACUAGAGGGGACAAGUUGAAAUAAAUUACUCCUGAGCCAGGAGUGGUCAGACUCAGCAAUGAUUUUCCUGUCCACUGGCUGACUCAGGAGGUGUGCACGUGCUGGAGGUGGACUUAUGAUAAGACUAAUGAUCUUAUUAAUCAGGACUGCAGACACCGAUACUUGCACAGUUCAAUAAAAGCAUUUAUAAUACAGUUUGAACAACAACAAAAAGCUUCAAAGAAACACUACUUUUUGUAACAUUGGUGUGUUUAUAAUGUGUAAGGGUCACUGUCAUUGCAUCCACCAAAGCUUUAAUUUGCACAAAGCUAAACCGAUUGAGUUACUGUCUAUGAAUCUGUUUAUAAAGAACAACAAAACAAGAUUUUAUCUAUAUUGCAAGGCACAAUAGUCAUUGUAGGCGGUGUUAUCAUGUAUUGUAAAUAAUAAUACAACUAUGCAUGCAGAAAUGUAUUUCUUUAUGUUCCUCUUUUUGUUUUAGAUUACAUUAGGAAAUAGGGAGAAUUAUAUAGCCACUUAGGCAACAUAAAUAUAAUAUGACUGUGACAUACUCCGUCUACAAGAGAGCAAAAAAGACUAUUCCUCUAACUAUCAUGGCCCCAUGGUGUGGCAGAUCAGAUGUCAGGUCUAAGUGUCACCACAUUUGAAAGAGAAGCAGGUCUAGUUUGUCAUAUUUUAGAUUUUUUUUCUCCAUGAAGUGUUGUCUACCAGUAUAAAAAGUUAUUAAGGUUCCCAGAAGAAUGUUUCAAAUCCAAAACUCAGAGGUGGUCUUGGAACGCAUGCAUGCUACUGCUGCUUACUGCUGGCUUGUGUUGCUCCUACUUGCUAUAAAUAGACCAUAGAAUAUAGAUAUGCAGUUGGCUAUGUGCGAUGAUGAGUUGACCCUGCACGCUGAAAGGUAUCUCUGAUCUUCUCCCAAUCAGCAUUUUCUUCACCCUCCUCCCACCACAAACCUCCUUGAAGUAUUUUAGAAGCGAUUUAGCGCACAAACCUUGAACCACAGUGGCCCUGAAAUAAACAUGUUUGUCUCUGGAGUUCAGGAAGAGAAAAGAAUACUGGCCUCACAGGUGGUCUGAGCGAGGGGGGCAUGUGGAGAUCUUUCAUCCUAUGGAUCAGGCUUUCAAUGGGGCCCAACACCGAGCACGUGAGCAGUGGAGUGGACAGGAGAUGUGUCUUAUAGGUCUAAUCAGAGCAUAUUGGCAUCUGUCACUGGGUAGGGCUGUAUGUGGCUUUCCAAGGUUAGCAAGCCGGUGCAGAGCAAAUCAGGCGACUUAUAUUUAGCCUUGCAAAUGGCGCGCUAUGGAUUAUGUCUUGGGGCUCUCCAGUUUCGUCUUCAGUGCGUUUUGCUGCAUGAAGGGGGGUUGCAGAUUUGCUAUUCAGGUGAGGAACAGGUCUACUUCAUGCUCUCCUUUGACUUCACCUUCUCACUAAGCUCCACUUUCUUACAUACAAACAACCCAUCUGCAGAGGAAGGUUGUUUAUGGUCACUCUUCUUUUCAAACUGGAAGGAUAUUGAGUGAGUCCAAAAGACACCACCGAAGAUACUCCCGAGCUGGACUGACAGUUCCCUGGGGGAAAGAGCUGGGAGCCUUUUCACAUACCAGGAGAGGACAAGCAGAGCCACUGGACAUAUCACACGUUAUUUCACCGGGCUGUUGAGGUUUGGGAUCAAACAGUGUCAUGGAUGUGCUUGCCUUAGAGGCAAAGAAUGUGAAUGGAGCAGAAGUCGAGAAGAAGUCUGCACCGAGGCCAAAGCCAAAAGCCCCGAAAAAGGCUAAAAGGAUUGUUUACUUUGAAGUGGAGAUUGUGGAUUUAAAGACUAAAGAGAAACUACUGCUACUGGACAAGGUGGAGCCAACUGCUACUGUUUUGGAUAUUAAGGCUUUGUUUCAUAAAGCAUAUCCAAAGUGGUAUCCAGCCAGACAAUCCCUGCGUUUGGAUCCAAAGGCCAAGUGUCUCAAGGAUGAAGAAGUUCUGCAGACACUUCCUGUGGGAACCACAGCCAGCUUUUACUUCAGUGACCUCGGACCACAGCUCACAUGGGGAACCGUGUUCCUAUCAGAGUGUGUUGGUCCGCUGAUCAUCUACUUAAUGUUCUACUUCCGCCUUCCCUUCAUCUACUCUCCAAAAUAUGACUUCACCAGCAGCAAGCACUGGGUCGUACACUUGGCCUGCAUAUGUCACUCCUUCCACUACAUCAAGAGGAUUCUGGAGACGCUGUUUGUCCAUCGUAUCUCCCAUGGGACCAUGCCUCUCAGAAAUAUAUUCAAGAACUGUGGCUAUUACUGGUGCACCGCAGCUUGGAUGGCAUAUUACAUUAACCACCCCCUCUACACCACACCAUGUUACGGGCAGCAGCAGGUGAACAUAGGUCUUUACAUUUUCUUGUUCUGUCAAGUAGGAAAUUUUUCCAUCCACGUUGCACUUCGUAACCUCAAAUCACCAGGUUCAAAAACCAAGAAGAUUCCUUACCCGACGAAAAAUCCCUUUACAUGGAUAUUUUGGCUGGUCUCCUGUCCGAACUACACAUAUGAAUUGGGGUCCUGGAUCGGCUUCACCGUGAUGACCCAGUGUGUGCCUGUGGCUUUUUUCACUCUCGUGGCCUUCAUCCAGAUGUCUGUGUGGGCUAAAGGCAAACACCGCAGCUACUUAAAGGAGUUCAGAGAUUAUCCCACCCUGCGCUCCUCCAUACUGCCCUUCAUCCUGUAGAGACUGAAAGCAACACAACGGUCACUCCGCACAUCCAGCUCCUCACUGAUUGGGCCUCUUUUUAAAGGCCCCUUCCAUCCAUUUGGACAUCAGGGAGGCUGUGCUGAGUUUAACAGUGUAAAUGCAUUUUGGUCGUAUGGACUCCAUGUGUCACUUUGAUCCACAAUGAGGAGUGACAGUUGCAGUCGCUCUGAGUGUUGGACUGAUGAACGCAGGACUGUCAGAGGCAAAGGAAGCUCCAAAGUCUUACUUUAAUGUUGUAUGUGGUCUAGAAGAAAGAGAAUAUAGAGCACUAUGUCCUUUUUAUUUUGCUACAUUUGUGAGUUGUAAAAUAUUCAGUGGAGAGUGCUGUUUAGUUUGUGAGAACAUCAGAUAAUUUUUCACAGCUUUUGGCAGCCUAAUCAGUGCAGUUUGUCUCAGAGCUGGAAUAAACUAGAACGCAGCCCAGCGCUGUCAACUUUGUGGUAUCGUGCAGCUCAUGCAGUACUCCGCUGAUCCUGAGGUGACCUUUACUCUGUGGUAGUGCUAUUACUAAGCAUACUCACUGCUAUUCCGUUUCCAUUGAAUGUGCCUUUCACUCAACGCUGCAUUGACUGAACCUAAAGAUCAAAUGAGGAACUUUUCUUUUUUUUUGUGAGCGAGGAAAACAUUCGGUGUGGAGCAGGAAUUUUAAGUGAGGUGGAAAGUUUGUUUACAAUAUUUCAGCCGCUGCACCGCUGAAACAACAGCUUUUUGAUGAACUGUUGAUUC